GGGGCGCACCUCUCAGUGACCCUGCCCUGUACUUCCCAGGAGGAGGCCAGCCUCGUGAUGAGGAAGAGCACGGAGAGGAUUCAGCUGCAGUUCAGACGCCCGCAGAAGCUGAGGUCUUCACUGCUCUCGUAAGGGUUCCAGCGUCCCUCCUGCCCGAGAUGUUCAGCCUGGACUCAUUCAGGAAAGAUCGGGCCCAGCACAGGCAACGUCAGUGCAAACUCCCCCCGCCCCGCCUCCCACCCAUGUGUGUCAACCCUGCCCCCGGAGGGACCAUCUGUCGAGCUUCCAGGGACCUGUUGAAAGAGUUCCCGCAGCCCAAAAACCUCCUCAACAGCGUGAUCGGAAGGGCCCUGGGCAUCUCACACGCGAAAGACAAGCUCGUCUACGUGCACACAAACGGACCCAAGAAAAAGGCUUCUCCCUCGCUUCUGUCCCUUACGCCCAGUCGCCUGCAUUUCUGUGCUGCCUCCUGCGUGCUGAGCUUCUCGGGCCGGGACCAGGUCUCGGCUCCACCGAUGCCCAGCGGCCAGCAGGCUCGCAGCAGGGGCGGUACCCUUGAAAUGACGGAUGAUGACAGUGCUAUCAGGGCUCUGACCCAGUUUCCGCUUCCCAAGAACCUUCUGGCCAAGGUGAUCCAGAUCGCGACCUCAUCCUCCACGGCUAAGAACCUCAUGCAGUUCCACACCGUGGGCACCAAGACCAAACUGGCCACCCUGACGCUGCUCUGGCCCUGCCCCAUGACCUUCGUGGCCAAAGGGCGCCGCAAGGCGGAGGCUGAGAACAAGGCGGCGGCCUUGGCCUGCAAGAAGCUGAAGAGCCUGGGCCUGGUGGACCGGAACAACGAGCCCCUCACCCACGCCAUGUACAACCUGGCCUCCUUGCGUGAGUUGGGCGAGACCCAGCGCCGGCCGUGUACCAUCCAGGUGCCUGAGCCCAUCCUCCGCAAGAUCGAGGCCUUUCUGAACCAGAGGGAGGAGGCGCGGCUGAGCCAGAACCUGCUGGAGCUGUGGCGGCGGCGAGGGCCCGUCUGGCAGGAGGCCCCGCCGCUGCCCGUGGACCCGCAUCGGGACACCAUCCUCGGCGCCAUCGAGCAGCACCCGGUGGUCGUCAUCUCGGGGGACACGGGCUGCGGGAAGACCACGCGCAUCCCCCAGCUGCUGCUGGAGCGGAUCCUGCUCAAGGGCCUGCAGCGCCUCAACCCGGGGCUGCGGCUGGUGCUCAUGAGCGCCACCGGCGACAACGAGCGCUUCUCCCGCUACUUCGGGGGCUGCCCCGUCGUCAAGGUGCCCGGCUUCAUGUUCCCCGUCCAGGAGCACUACCUGGAGGACAUCCUGGCCCGGCUGGGGAAGCAGCCGCCCCCGCACCGGCGGCACCACGAGUCUGAGGAUGAAUGUGCGCUCGACUUGGACCUCGUGACCGACCUGGUUCUGCACAUCGAUGCCCGUGGGGAGCCAGGUGGGAUCCUCUGCUUCCUGCCGGGCUGGCAGGAGAUCAAAGGGGUGCAGCAGCGCCUGCAGGAGGCCCUGGGCCUGCACGAGAGCAAGUACCUCAUCCUGCCAGUGCACUCCAACAUCCCCAUGAUGGACCAGAAGGCCAUCUUCCAGCAGCCGCCCGCCGGGGUGCGCAAGAUCGUCUUGGCCACCAACAUCGCCGAGACCUCCAUCACCAUCAACGACAUUGUGCACGUGGUGGACAGCGGUCUGCACAAGGAGGAGCGCUACGACCUGAAGACCAAGGUGUCCUGCCUGGAGACGGUGUGGGUGUCACGAGCCAAUGUGAUCCAGCGCCGGGGCCGGGCCGGCCGCUGCCAGUCGGGCUUCGCUUACCACCUGUUCCCGCGGAGCCGGCUGGAGAAGAUGGUCCCGUUCCAGGUGCCGGAGAUCCUGCGCACGCCCCUCGAGAACCUGGUGCUGCAGGCCAAGAUCCACAUGCCCGAGAAGACGGUCAGCUGAUUUCUGAACAGAGACUAUGCAGGCCAGAAGGGAGUGGCAAGAAAUAUUCAAAGUGAUGAAUAUCUGUUUCAUGCCCCCCUGCUCAGGUCUUACUUUGUCCAUCCAUGCUGUCCUGGGCUUCUGUCCGGCCCCGGAGGCUCGGGGCCCCGUUCACCCGGCGUUGCCUCCCCAGGACUCAUCAAGCAGUUCUCCGAGAACAUUUACGAGGCUUUCCUGGUGGGGAAGCCCUCGGACUGCACCCUGGCCUCCGCCCAGUGCAACGAGUACAGCGAGGAGGAGGAGCUGGUGAAGGGCGUGCUGAUGGCGGGCCUCUACCCCAACCUCAUCCAGGUGCGGCAGGGCAAGGUGACCCGGCAGGGCAAGUUCAAGCCCAACAGUGUCACGUACAGGACCAAAUCCGGCAACAUCUUGCUGCACAAGUCGACCAUUAACAGGGAGGCCACGCGGCUGCGGAGCCGAUGGCUGACGUACUUCAUGGCCGUCAAGUCCAACGGCAGCGUCUUUGUCCGGGACUCCUCCCAGGUGCACCCCCUCGCUGUGCUGCUCCUGACCGAUGGGGACGUCCACAUCCGUGAUGACGGGCGCCGGGCCACCAUCUCGCUCAGCGACAGCGACUUGCUGAGGCUGGAGGGCGACUCGCGCACGGUGCGGCUGCUGCGGGACCUGCGCCGGGCCCUGGGCCGCAUGGUGGAGCGGAGCCUGCGCAGCGAGCUGGCCGCGCUGCCCCUCGAGGUGCAGCAGGAGCACGGGCAGCUGCUGGCCCUGCUGGUGGAGCUGCUGCGGGGGCCCUGCGGCAGCUUCGACGUGCGCAAGGCGGCCGACGACUGAGCCCUGCUCCGAGGGCUGUGUACAGAGUGCAGAUGUUUAUUUAAAAUAAAGUUCUAUUUAUCCCUUGUGA